GGAAGAGAUAAAUGGUCAUCGGGGAAAAAUGUUUUCCUACAUCGGUGAUGUGUAAAUAGAGCGACUCCUUACUAGGUUUGCUCUCUUGCAAGGAUUGGUCUUGUGAAAAUUUGUGUGAGCAGAUGAAUUGAGAUGUUGACGAGCAGUGUGUCCACUUGGAUGGAUCCCAGAGAAUCAUGGCUUCUGAACUCUGCCAGACCAUCUCUGUGGCCAAGCUGGAAAGACACAAGAAUCUCUUCUUAAAUUACCGCAAUUUAAACCAUUUUCCUCUGGAACUGCUUAAGGAUGAGGGUCUACAGUAUCUUGAGAGACUUUAUAUGAAAAGAAACUCUUUAACCACACUGCCAGAAAAUCUUGCCCAGAAGCUCCCAAACCUUGUUGAAUUGUAUCUCCAUUCAAAUAACAUUGUGUUUGUCCCGGAAGCCAUUGGUUCUCUGGUUAAGCUGCAGUCCUUGGACCUGAGUGACAAUGCGCUGGAAAUCUUGUGCCCUGACAUUGGGAGGCUUAAAUCACUACGCCAUUUGCGACUGACAAACAACCGUCUGAAAUUCCUUCCUCCAGAAAUUGGAAAGCUGAAGGAACUCCAGACAUUAGACCUUUCCACAAAUCAUCUGGUCAGUUUGCCGGAGAAGCUGCACCUGUGCCAGUCAUUGCAGUAUCUGACAGUGGAUCGGAACUUUCUGUGCAGCAUUCCCCGCCACCUCUGUCAGUUAGCCAGUCUCAAUGAGCUGUCUAUGGCUGGCAAUCGCUUGGCAUCUCUGCCUUUGGACUUGGGAAGAUCACGGGAGCUGCAGUAUGUCUAUGUGGAUAACAAUCUUCAGUUGAAGGGCCUCCCUUCCUAUCUCUACAACAAAGUGAUUGGCUGUAGUGGCUGUGGCUCCCCGCUUCCCAUAUCCGAAACCAAGCUGCUUACUUUUACCUCUGGGCCACUCAGCGUCCAUCUCCCAGUCGAGGUGAAGUCCAUUGGUUUGUCGGCUGAUUCAGUGUUACCUCUACAAGAGCUGGCACUUCGCUCUCUCCAUGCUGCUUUCUGCUCAUUCUUACCAGAUAUAAGCUGUCUGUCGUACAUAUCCUUACCCCGAAGUCUUUUGGAGCUACUGCAGUGUCCCCUGGGACACUGCCAUCGCUGUAGUCAGUCCAUGUUUACUAUUGUUUAUCCAAAGCUCUUUCCUCUGAGAGAGACUCCUAUGGCUGGACUUCAUCAAGGGAGGACAGCUAUUAGCUUUGUGGCCUACUGCUGCUCCACCCAGUGUCUCCAAACAUUCGACCUUCUGAGUUGAUAAACAUUUCACUGCUGAUAUUGGACUACUCCAUAUUACACCAUACUCUGACUUCACAAACAUGAAGAAAAACCAGCAGCGACGUCUCCUGAGUUUGCAGAUUAGUAUACAGUAUGAGCGGUCUGGGGUCACCUCUUAUUGGUGCUGACUCUGGCUACUUUGUCAUCUCAUCUGGUCUCUUACACUUUCCUGUUCCUAUCUCGCAGGUUACUCCAUAAAGACUUUGAUCUCCUCCUUCUGUGGUUAUGGGUGUUACCUGUAUACCAAAGGGAGAUGGAACUAGUAUCCAAAAUACAUAUGAAGAAAGUGAGAGACUUCAGUCUGGUCUGAAACAAUUUUUUAGUGCAUAGAUCAGGGGUUCUCAAACUCGGUCCUCAGGACCCCACACAGUGCAUGUUUUGCAGGUACACAGGUUAAUUAAUUACUCACAGACACAUUUUAAAAGGUCCACAGGUGGAGCUAAUUAUUUAACUUGUGAUUCUGUGAGGAGACCUGCAAAACAUGCACUGUGUGGGGUCCUGAGGACCGAGUUUGAGAACCUGUGGCAUAGAUAUUAAAUGAAGAGGAGUUAGAUGAGGAUGUAAAUCUUUCUCUCCCACAAGUAGCUCUAAUCUUGCUUUAAUCCUAUGUAUAGUGUUUAUUUGGCAGUCUAAAUUAAUUUUACUAAAUGGGCCUAUAUAUAUAUAUAUAUAUAUAUACUUUUUAUUUUAUUUUUUUAGUUCUAUGAAAUGUGAUUUUGAAACCAGGGUUUAUAAAGCUAAAAUGAAGACAAAUAAAUAACCUCUAACAUCAGAAACCUUUUAAUAGUCAUUGUGCAUAGACAUUUAAUUGUCCUCUGUUUGCCAUUAAUUUAGCAUACGUAAAAUACAUAUAUGUAGUGACCUUUGCUAAAGUAAGCAGUAUAUUGAACCAACCAAAGAGCCACCGUCUCUUCUCUCUGGUAUGCACUGCUUCACUCUAAGCCUUCUUCUAUUGCCUCUGUCUGCCAGGACAAGCCUAGCAGCAGUAUGUGUGUCUGGCCCAUGAUAACACAAGGCACAGGACAGUCUUUACUGAGCUGCCAAAAAACACGUGCCGCUUACAGAAUGAAUAUGACCGCUGGUAUUAUGUGAAACUGACAAAUUCUAGCGAGGUCAGUUUAUUAGAGUGUUGAGGGCGCCUUUGAAUCCUGAGACUGUAAUAAUGGUGCUUCGUCAAGACUGAAUAUCUCAGGCUUUCAAACUUUUUACCAUUUCACUGCCAGAAACAAGAACAACUCCUUUAUAAAUGAUGAUCACGGAGGGGGAAGAAUAUUUUAUGUGCGGACACAUCUACUAUAGGUUUUAUAUUGUACCUGGGAUAUGGAAAACUGCAGAUGUUUCUUGGACCUCAUGUGCCAACAGCAAAUCUCAGCGCUGCAUGUGAAGAGGACAGCAGAGCUGCUGACCAGGGAGACCUAUUACAGGCAGUGGAGUAGAUCAUCACUUCUUAUGAUCUCAUCUCGGCAACUUCUCAACAAAAUGUGGACUGAAAUAAAGCUGCUUUUUAUGUGAA